AUGAAGGCUGCCUACACCGCCUAUCGAUGCCUCACCAAAGACCUAGAAGGCUGCGCCAUGAACCCGGAGCUGACAAUGGAAAGUCUGGGCACUUUGCACGGGCCGGCCGGCGGCGGCAGCGGCGGGGGCGGUGGCGGGGGCGGCGGGGGCGGCGGCGGGGGCCCAAGCCAUGAGCAGGAGCUGCUGGCCAGCCCCAGCCCCCACCACGCGGGCCGCGGCGCUGCUGGCUCGCUGCGGGGCCCUCCGCCGCCGCCAACGGCGCACCAGGAGCUGGGGACGGCGGCAGCGGCAGCGGCGGCGGCGUCGCGCUCGGCCAUGGUCACUAGCAUGGCCUCGAUCCUGGACGGCGGCGACUACCGGCCUGAGCUCUCCAUCCCGCUCCAUCACGCCAUGAGCAUGUCUUGCGACUCGUCCCCGCCCGGCAUGGGCAUGAGCAACACCUACACCACGCUGACGCCGCUCCAGCCGCUGCCGCCCAUCUCCACCGUGUCGGACAAGUUCCACCACCCGCACCCGCACCACCACCCGCACCACCACCACCACCACCACCACCAGCGCCUGUCGGGCAACGUCAGCGGCAGCUUCACCCUCAUGCGCGACGAGCGCGGGCUCCCGGCCAUGAACAACCUCUACAGCCCCUACAAGGAGAUGCCCGGCAUGAGCCAGAGCCUGUCCCCGCUGGCUGCCACGCCGCUGGGCAACGGGCUGGGCGGCCUCCACAACGCGCAGCAGAGCCUGCCCAACUACGGGCCGCCGGGCCACGACAAAAUGCUCAGCCCUAACUUCGACGCGCACCACACUGCCAUGCUGACCCGCGGUGAGCAGCACCUGUCCCGCGGCCUGGGCACCCCGCCCGCGGCCAUGAUGUCGCACCUCAACGGCCUGCACCACCCGGGCCAUGCUCAGUCCCACGGGCCAGUGCUGGCGCCCAGCCGUGAGCGGCCACCCUCGUCCUCGUCUGGCUCGCAGGUGGCUACAUCGGGCCAGCUGGAGGAAAUCAACACCAAAGAGGUGGCCCAGCGCAUCACCGCCGAGCUGAAGCGCUACAGCAUCCCACAGGCGAUCUUCGCGCAGAGGGUGCUGUGCCGGUCUCAGGGGACUCUCUCCGACCUGCUCCGCAACCCAAAACCGUGGAGUAAACUCAAAUCUGGCAGGGAGACCUUUCGCAGGAUGUGGAAGUGGCUGCAGGAGCCCGAGUUCCAGCGCAUGUCCGCCUUACGCCUGGCAGCAUGCAAACGCAAAGAGCAAGAACCAAACAAAGACAGGAACAAUUCCCAGAAGAAAUCCCGCCUGGUGUUCACCGACCUCCAACGCCGAACACUCUUUGCCAUCUUCAAGGAGAACAAACGGCCGUCCAAAGAGAUGCAGAUCACCAUUUCCCAGCAGCUGGGCCUGGAGCUUACGACCGUCAGCAACUUCUUCAUGAAUGCCCGGCGCCGCAGCCUAGAGAAGUGGCAGGACGAUCUGAGCACAGCGGGCUCCUCGUCCACCUCCAGCACUUGUACCAAAGCGUGAUGGAAGGACUCUCGGUUGGGCACAGGUCACCUCCAGAUGAGGACAACCGACACAAAAGAAAACACAAAGGAAAAAGACACCGGAUUCUUAGCUGGGGCCCUUCACUGGUGAUUUGAAAGCACAAUUCUCUUGAAAAGAAACUUCUAUUCUAGCUGUAAUCAUAGGCCAGGUGUUCUUGUUUUGUUUUGUUUUUAAUGGCUAUGGAGUCCAAGUGCAAGCUGAAAAUUAAUCUUUUUGAACCAGACCUCGUCCUCUGAGCAUGCUAAGCAUCCCAGAAAUCCAAAUGGGGGG